GUGAAAUGACCGACGCCGCGCACCAACAAACGCGAAGCGUUCGCGACUGCGGGCCGGCGUGCGCAGUUUGGUGCUGCUGCUGCUGGUGGUGGUGGCGGCUCUGUGCUUGGCGGCUCUGUGCUUGGUGGCUUCGCUCUCGCUGUUGUCGCCGCUGCUGCUGCCGCUGCUGUUACCGCGACCACUACGAGUGGCCGGCUUCUGCAGCAGUGCGUCCAGGAGCUCUCUAGCGCAGUCUGAGCUGAGCUCUCCAGCGAGACGGAGUGAUUGUAGCAGAGAGAGACAGAGAGAACAGAGCAGUGAGGCGAGCGAGAGAGCGCGCGGAGCAAAGCCACCAACUUCCACCGCGGCGCCUCCAGCGAUGUCUGCGAUGCAGGCCCGCUACCCGGUGUCGAACGCGAACGCGCUCGGAGUGAUGUCUCCCUACCUGAGCGAGCAGAACUUCUACCGCUCGGCGGGCGGCUACGGCGGCCUUCCCGCGGCUCCGGUCGGGAUGUACUCGGCGGCCAACGCGGACCCUUACUCGGCGGGGCUGUCCCGACACUACGGGCCAUACUCGCACCCGCACCAGGCGCCCAAGGACCUGGUGAAGCCCCCGUACAGCUACAUCGCUCUCAUCACCAUGGCCAUCCAGAGCGCGCCCGACAAGAAGGUGACCCUCAACGGCAUCUACCAGUUCAUCAUGGACAAGUUCCCGUUCUACCGCGAGAACAAGCAGGGCUGGCAGAACUCGAUCCGGCACAACCUCAGCCUCAACGAAUGCUUCGUCAAGGUUCCCCGCGACGACAAGAAGCCCGGCAAGGGCAGCUACUGGUCGCUGGACCCGGACUCGUACAACAUGUUCGAGAACGGCAGCUUCCUGCGGCGCAGGAGGCGCUUCAAGAAGAAGGACGUGCAUCGCGACAAGGAUGUGCAGCAGCAGCAGCAGGGCGGCAAGGAGCAGGGCGAAGAGUCCACCAAGAAGGAGCACGGCAGCCAGCAGCAGCAGCAUCAGCAGCAGCUGCUGUGCUCCGAGGGCAGCGGCAGCGAGGGCAGUCGCGCCCUGAGCUCUCCUCCUCCUCACUCGCGCGGCUCCCCCGCGGCCAUCCUCGUGGUGCCCAAGAUCGAGAGCCCCGACAGCAGCAACGUGGCGCAGGACAGCCCCCGCAGCGUCACCUCCAACCGCUCGGGGUCCAUGGAGAGCGGCCUCACCGACUCGUCGGCGCACGGAGUCGGGGGAGGCUCGGGGGGAGCAGGCGGCGGUGGUGGUGGUGGAGGGGUGGUUGGCGGCUUCGGCGUGGUGGACAGCCCGCCCAGCACGGCCAUGCUGCGCGCGGGCGGCCUGCACGGCAUCAACGGCGGUGAGCUGGGCCACGCUCUCGUGUCUCCUCCCAGGCCGCUCAUGCUGCCGCUCAUGUCUCUGCACUACGCGCAGCCCCAGCAGGCGUCCGUGUACAGCCCGUGCGGACAGGGCGCCGAGGCAGGCGGCGGAGCGGGAGGGGUAGGGGGAGGAGGGCAGCCCUACCACUGCAGCCUGCAGACCAUGAGCCUGCAAUACGCCGCUGGGGAGCGGGCCGAGCAGGGGCCCUCCUCGGCGUCCGUGUCGCUGCACGAGGACACGUCGCCGUCGCCCGACCACGCCAUCACGUCCACCGUGCCGCACCUGGGCGCGCUCAACCUCAGCUCCAGCCAGCAUCACCAGCAGCAUCAACAGCAGCAGCAGCAUCAUCACCAGCAGCAGCAGCAGCACCAGCAGCACCACCAGGAUGGCAUCCUGAGCGCGCUCCAGGCGUCUCACCACAGCGCCCAAGACCAAGGCGGCGUCGCGCGGCUCCCGUCCUGGUACAUGGGACAAGAUUCUGGCCACGGUGCCAGCGGUGCUGGUAGCUUCGUCACUCAGCAGCAGCAGCAGCAUUUCGGCUCGCGUGACAUGUUCGACCCGCCACCACGGCUGGGCCUCAUGGAGGGUCUGGCUGCGAGCGCCGCCGCGGCGCAGGUGAGCGCGUCCAGCAGCUGUCAGAUGUCCUUCCGAUCGGCCACUCUGUACCGCUCGGGCACGUACCCCGCCGCGUACGACUGCAACUCUUGGGGCAAGGACUGUGAGCGAGAGCUUAUUAAGACCGACACGGCAUACAAGGUGGUGGAUGACCAACACCACGCCCGGCCGCCUUUGUCUCUCCCGGUGCUGAUGGGUGCACACCGCACAAGACGGUGAAUGCACUUACGGGUUGACUCGAGCCGGGAAUUGAGAUCACGUGGAACUGCCAGUGCCCCGUCGCCUCGAUUGGAUUCACAACCUGCCAACUGUUCACAAUGCGCACACGGCGAUCCAGCCAUGGAUUUCUCACUAAAAUAAUCGUGAGAAAGUAGAGAAAACUACAUUUUAUUUGAAAGUCUCAAAAUGUAUUUCACCAAUCUUAAUCGGAACAUUACAUCUGUUAACUCGCGUCUCUGUGAGAUAUACUAUCGAGCCGUCGCUGCUCACAAUAUUCAAUCGGCUCUUGGGAAGAAAUAGGCUAAUUAGAAAUCAUUUUUAACGUGAGCCUAUAUAUAUGAAUCAAACCAUCAAAUUUCGCGGGUGUUAAAUUAAUCAACAGAGCCCGCGCAUCAAUUGUUCAGCUCAUGGGGGUGUCUCAUCACAUCAACACAAUUGCCGAAUUCUAUUACAUAUAAUCUAUUAAUUGGUUGGCACAUUACGAUGGUAAGAUUCCAAAUAAGUCAACUACCGUAAUACUCCGGUUCACAUCGGGGAUGCGUUCCUGAUGGGCGCGACGACGAAUAUCGAAACGACGUCAACCGAAGCGAUGUACAGGGUAGGCGCAGCCUGGGGCGACGGAUAACGAGUAAGGACGGGUGAUGCGGUCA